AGUUCUAUUAUUUUACGACUCUAGUGUUUAGUCUUUACUCUCCUGGAAUCUCUCUAACUAAAUUUAUUGACGACAGUUGGAAUGCUCCUUUAUUCAUCACGAUGGAAUCUUCCACCUGCGUAUUUGACAGGUAAGAAUGUUACAUCCCUCGAAUGGGUACAUUAAGCGGGCCAUCAUUCAGAUGAAAGGCAUUCGAAAAACUGGAAUAAGCAAGUAACCGCUCAUGAGAAUAACCGAGAUACUGAAGAAAGAGUAGCCCGCUAAAGCUACCUCCCCUAUUUCAGUCAGAAACUCGGUUAUUUCUAGUUUUCGAGUACAAUAAAUCCGAAGAUGGUUGUGGUUCUAGGAUGCGGUGGCUGGACACUCGUUGUGCUUGUCGCAGAACUUGUAGUCUUGUUGUGCCUCGGCCAUGCGGCCCUGGCCGCGGACUCUGCUGCGGAAUUGCGCAAACUAUGCACAACAGACGAACUCCUGAAAAUUGAAAAUAGAAAUCCACUUCACUUAGUAGAACAAGAAGGACUGGAAGGAAACGAGUAUCUCUUAUUUCUUGCGUAUGCGAGGGCGUUCAGUUCUGACGAGCUGCAUUUUAGGUGGGAAUGCCGACUUGGCAGACCGAACGGGUCUCUAUCAUGCACCCGGGACAUGGAUUUUAUGGACCGAUGGGUCUACGAUCCUACUGGCAAGAAAUACAGCGAGGAUACCAAGAUGCCUGAAUGGUGGAAACAAGCGUACUUCCUGCGGAUGCUCUUGCGAUGGGAUUUCGAGCGCCAGGUCGUGGAGCGAUUAUCGUCCGCAAACUGGUUCAAGAAACAGCGGUUGGCACCACGACCUGUGGUUCCGAGCGCCAAAUUCCUUGGGGAGCACAUGGCGGGCGUUGUUGGUAUGCAGCUUGACGAAAAACGUCUCGUCAGUGGCGCUUUGCUAGCGUUGCAGAAGCUGGCACAGUACACAGAUCUAAUUUACUUCUGCUGUGAUAAAGUCAGCCACCAGCUGCAAGGAGAAACUUCACGACCACCAGCCGCAACACGGAGAAUCGAUUAUGAGCAUAGCUCUGCCGAGGCACCGUCGCGAGCUUCGGCGGAUUACCUUUUUUUUGAAGGCACUAAUAACCACGCGGGGAACAAGGAGUAUCUGAUUUACAACAUCUUUGAAAGCUGGCAGCACAACUCCCAGCGCUUCCAAGGACUUCUUGGUCGCCGUCGGGAGUCGAGUGAUCAAAUCAAACAAGCAGCCAAGGACAGGGAGCCAGGUGAGUCCACCGGUCAUGUGGAUACGUACCCAGGCAUUCGAGUGCAAAUCAUGGCAACUUCCUUGCGACCUGGUGCAACAGCAAAACUACCUGUGGUGGACGGAGACCGGCUCCUCCUUCAUCACUACCUACGAGUGACGUAUCCAAAGUGGGUGCGGGGCAUCAAAGAACAGCCAGGUCGGUGGGACCCGACUUACGACAACGGUCACACGCAAUCGUGGGCGUUUACUUAAGGAUUGGAAACUUGAGUCCAAACUAUGGUUGCCAUGGUUUGCGUCUGCAUCUGUAGUUUUUAGGAACUGGAACUACCCAAAUUUAUUAGCAUAUAUUUUUUUUUUUUGCAUUAAUUGUUCAUCCACGCGCUGACUAGGAUUCUUCGUCCAAAUGUGUGGGCUCUCGCGCAUGUAGCUCACUUUUUUGCGAUGGCGGCUUCACGCCGUGUGCUCUUUUUUAGAGGUUUCUAAUACACGAAAUGGCUAGGGCCAGACAGAAGCCCGAGCGAAAUUCAGACACAGCCUGGAGUGGACCUCAAUGUCAUCGGACAAAACAUGGCAAAGCAAGUAGUACUCGAUGAGGCAAUAAUCCUGAUCACUCCUGGUGAGUGGGAAGCUCUGCUGACAGCGGCUUUGCUCAUCGGCUUCCUCGAGCCUCAACACUACCAGAUUUUCAGGGGACUUCCUCCAAGGUUCCGAAAUUACUACUACAGACUAGGACAUCCUUAUCGUAAUAAAAGAACGCCUGUUACUGGUUCCGCCGGGGUAACUCCCGAGGACUGGCUAUCGAGAGUCCAACCCUCGCAGGUUGGUACGAGCGCGGAGAAAUCGUCAGGAACAUCGACUCCUGGAGAUCAAAUCGGUAUUAGUUCGGGAGGGAGAGAAAGUGAUGGCGAAGAGAAUCCAAAGGAGGACCUCAAAAGGCGUCUUGACUUAUGGCUUCCUCUAUUCCAUCUUCAGAAGCUUGUCAGAGACGUUUUCAAGGGGAGAACGGCCUCAGGAUGCAUUUCGAGAUGGAUUCGGGUGAGUUCUAAUCUACGCGGUGAAAAGCAGGUGGACGCAGCAGAUGAACUGUCAAUCCUUCGUCUUCUUCAUGUCACGGGUGCUCGGCAUGGAGAAAUACAAGCCGAGCUUGCGUUGCCUGCAACGGAACGAAUUUUUCGAGGGCAAGGACGAAUUAGAGUAUCAGACCCGUAGUUUUUUCGACAUAUUAUCUCAAGAACCUGGAGAACAGGAUGAGCAGCCGCCUGCCGCAAAUUCGCUGCUGCGCCGCGCAGGAUUAAGAGAUACUAUCGACUGAAUAAAGCGUACAUGGUCAUGAUGAACAUGAUCUUAUAUAUGUUCCAGGGCUCGGGGCGACGGCCCCCCCCCCCGCGCCCUGGACCCCUUUUUAAGGCGUCUGCCGGGGGGGAAGGCCUCAAAACGGGGCCCAGUGACCUCCUCCCUCCGCUCCCUUCCAGCUGCCUGGCUGUUCCCUCGGGGCCUCCGGUGGUGGUGGGAGGCUUCAAAAGGGGCCCAAGGGACCGCCUGCGCCCCCGUCCAGGUGCCUGCCUGUGCCCUCAGUGCAUCCGUUAGGCUUCGCCGCCGCAGCAGUGCACCAGCAGCGGAAGGCCUCCGCCGACGGCAAAAGGCGAGGGGCUGGACCCCCUGAGCCGUGCCGCCUGUACCCUCCGGGCCCUUGGUCAUCGGCUUGCAUGCUUGCGACCGUGGCCGUGGCCUUUUACCCCCGAGGCUUCCCGCCUACGAGGGUCAGCAGAGGCCAGGGGGCCCCUUAGGAACACGUUGAGAGGCCCAAGGGGAGGCCCGCGCCACUUUUUGACGCCUUCCACCACUAGAAUCCGCGAAAAAUCCGCGCGGAAAAGCGCACGCGCGCCACCACAGACCAGACCACAGGGGGGGGAGGGGGGGGCCGUCCGGCCCUGAGUCAUAUAUUCUAUCGGUGACGUGGAUGAAAUAUAAUUUUUUUUUGGUACUCCUUUCCAGCAUUUCAUGAGGGUAGAAAAUGCAAAGGGUCGUGCAUUCGUUAACUGCUUGUCAUUGAUACUUAGUCGAUCCACCUUUACAGCCAUUCACAGUCUUUGUAAAAAAAAUGCCGAUAUUUACUACUUUUUUUUGCUCCAGAACAAAUUACGAAGCUAUAGCAUUGCUGGGUUGUAAGUUCUUAAAAAAUGUCAAUGCCUUUUUGUUACUUCAUUUAUGAACUGCGACAAAGACGAUUUGACGGAGAAGGGGUGGAUCGACUUGAACGACAUCUAUUUGAACUAUGCAGAAGCUGAGGCUGCAUCUGCAAUUGAGUACGAAGAUACCGGCGCCUUGGUCGGGGAAGAGAGAGAAGCCGUCGUAUUAUGCUUGUUGUAAAAUUGCUUGCAGUUGAUGAUCAUGAAACUUUUUAUUACCCGAAUUGUUCAUUAUCCUCAAUUAUAGAAAAAUCUAAAUAUCCAAAUCGACACACACCACACACCCACACCUAGAAGGGAGAAGCAGACCAUACUGGGCUUCUGCCCCUCGAACUUCUUCUUCUAACUAGCCAGUAAAAGAACUAGAACAGCUCCAUUCGGUUGAGUUCAGUGCAAAUCAGCCAGCUCUAAACUCAAACGCUGCUGGUGUCGAUCGAAGUGCAAGGGGUCACAGCAGCGCGUCUCUCCGCGCCGUUGCCGAAGCAGCAUGCGACGCAACGUCUGCCCGCCUUCUCGCCUGGGCAAAAGCGCUGCACCUUUUUCAUUCAGGAGCACCUGUUAAGAGUAGGAAUAUGGAUAAUCUAUCUACUUCUGAGAUAGCAAGCUAUAGCUAGUAUCGUGCCUCGCGGGUUAUUCAUUACUAAGAACUUUGUGGUCGUGCAAAAGGUAAAAGGGGAUUACUUGUUGAGAGCCUGUGAGUAUUAGACCUUCAUUUGACACCGCGGUCAGCACCCUCUAAAUUCGAAUCCCACUCAACAUCCUCUUGGUGCCGAGAUCUCAGCGGCGUUGAGCUGUCGCUUCUUUGCUUCUUCGCUGGGUUUCUGGUAAUCGUUUGCACAGCUGGUGUGUUCGCGUUGGUGCGCUGGCUGCUUUCCUACGCCAUGUACGGCUUGCAGGUUCUGGCUCGCCGGUGCUUUGGAACGCAGCGCAAGCUCGAUCUCCAGAAGACGAAAGCGGCAGCCAAAACGAAGGUAUAUCAGAGUAGGUUAUAACACGCGUGGUGCAUGGAGUAGCAUGGAGCGCAGAGCUCUAAGGGGCGCAAGAAGCUCCCCCUUUAGAAGGAUAUAAGAACUGGAUAAAGAUGAAGAUUGUAUGUUCGUACUACUAGAGUAUCUUUAUGACACCAAUUCGAUGCGCAAUUUUAUCUACUAAACCGCUGGAGAAUACCCUUGACGUAACUACGUUCUAAAAAAUCAGCCGAGUGCGAAUGAUGAUCCAGUAGCUGAUGAAAGUUGCUGCGAGCAGCCUCUAGCCACUGCGUCAGCCACCUCCAGUUCAUCCAGUUCAUAUGAAUGGUCUUGUGCGAAGUUGGCUGUCAACAUGCUAGGCAAUACUCACAGGAUCAGGAAAACAAUUGUGCAGUACCGAUAAAAAACUCCAGCGACUGAAAAGUGUAAAUUCUCAUGUUGGAAUUGGGGUACUUGUUCAUUUUCAUUUGACUAGUGUUAUUAAACACCGAAGCCCUCAUUACGUAGAUACAUACUUGCAGUUCUAACGUUGCACCACGUGCAUGGACAACUACGGAGCGUGCAGAGACGAGGAGGCACAAGGGGUGCGUUCGGCCCCUAGCAAACGCGUCAAGGGUGCCGAAGCAAAAAGUUUGCGAAAGGCUAGCAACAUCAACAAGGAAAAACAGUAGAUUUUGUUAUUUAUUUGGCCAGGGAAUGAUGGCCAUUUUGUGCUCCAGAUAGAUUCACUGAAAGUAGUGGUAAUGUAGAAGCACUUACAUCUUCUUCUCUCUCCACAUUUGAUUGGUAAAUCCGAAUUUUCCCACAUAAACUUGAUACUUACUUGGAUCCAAAGGUUGGCUCAGUGCGAUUCUUUCUUGUUGCGAAAUACUAGUAGUAGAUUCUCUGAUUGUAGUUCGUCACAGUUUUGUGGUUCUUCAUCUAAAUCUGAAGUGAACAGGUCAACAGCACCUGCAAUGCUGAAUCGCAACUGCGAUGCAUGCUCUGGAGUGGGGAU